ACUUCAAAGUUCAAAACCAGAGUCUUUAAGUUUAUUCAACCAUUAAAGAAACCAAUUUUAGAGCUGGAUGUCUAAGUUUUUCAUCAAGAAUCUCCAGGGUAUCAUCUUUCCUUCACAGAUAGUAUAUAUAGUAGUAGUACACUAGUACUACUGUACUAGUAUCAUCACCAUUAUAUUGCUCAAUUUACUAGGUUUUUGAGUGAUUAUUCAUGGGGUUUUCUUACGCAAAAGCCAAGUUAAACACAUUCAAUGCGCUCUCAUCUUUCUUUUCAAAGAAAAAUGUAGCUUUUGGUGCAUCUAAUAAGAGCCGGUUCGUGCCAAAUAGUUCUACAAUCUUGGGUUCAAACUUUUCAAGGUUUAGUGUGGUUCCUGCUGUGGGCUUGCUUGGAGUUGGAGGAGUGCAACGUAAUAUUCAUCAAACAUGUCGUUUUCUUCACGUCACAAGGAGAUUUUACCAAGCAAGAACAGUGUCGAAUUCACUGAAUUGGUCAAUGCACGUACAAAGAUUGAUGAGAUUUUGUAGAAGAAAUUGGAUUGCUUUGUUCUUUGGUGGUUCUGUGGUUUGUACUACUAUUUGUUGUGCAAGAAUACAAAGAGUCCCAUACACAGGAAGGUUUCAUCUUGCUCUCGUUGAAAACAUCGAGGAUAAGUUAGGAGAGUAUCAGUGGCAGGAGUUUGAGAAGGAAAACAAAGGAAAUUUACUCCCUCUGUCAGACCCUAGAACUAUUCGGGUACAAUCUGUAGCAACAAAGAUCAUUGCUGCAAUGAAUAGUGGGUUAAGGCUUGGAACUGAGUUCAAGAUCAAUGGCCAUUUAGGUGCAAGUAGAGAUUUUGGAAAUAGAGCGGCACAAUAUUUUGGUUUUAAAGAUGCUCUUGCUGAAGCAGGGUUUAAGCAUAGCCAAAAGCGGGAUCGAAACUUUAUAUGGAAACCUGCUACUAAACAUUUGAACCAAAGAAAUUGGGAAGUGUAUGUGCUUAAUACUCCAGAAAUUAAUGCUUCCUGUCACCUUGGUGGAAGGAUUGUUGUUUGCAAUGGGUUGCUUGAUGUUGUAGACAAUGAUGCAGAGUUAGCAACUAUUAUUGGGCAUGAGGUUGGGCAUGCUGUGGCUAGGCAUAUAGCAGAAGGUAUUGUGAGGCUUUUCUUGAUGCUUUCCUCUCUGAUUGCUCUUAUUUAUGCUCUUAUAAAUGGCGAUUCAACUUCAAGAGGAAAUGUGGAUGGUCUUGCAAAGCUUCAAGAUAUGUUUACCAAUUUUAUGAGCAGGAGGAGAGAAGCGGAAGCAGAUUACAUUGGGCUAAUGUUAAUGGCAUCUGCUGGAUAUAACCCUCAAGUGGCACCCAUGGUAUAUGAGAGGAAGCUUGGUGGCGAGGGUGGUAUCCAAUCGACUCACCCAUCUGGAAUAAAGAGGGCUAAACUGCUACAGAAACCCAAAGUAAUGAACAAUGCGUUGGCUGUGUACGAGGAAGUGAAAGGUGGUGAGGGGGUGAGAAGCUUUGUUUAGAAUGCUUUUGUAAUGGAAAUCAUAAUGCUGUGCUUGCUUAAGAAAAUGAAUUGGAGAUGCAUUAUACAUAUUAUCAUUCAUUCUUCAAUCAUAAGUAUAAACCACCAACCAUACUUGUAUGAAUGAAUUCAUUAGUCUUUCAUUU